GACAAAGGCUGCAUUAAGGUUACAAUGAUGUCUAAAAUCGUCACUUUGGUGGUGGUUGUCCUGGUUUUGGGGCAGCCGAGCUUGGCCGACAAAGACAGCAGCAGCAGCAGCAGCAGUGAAGAAAGUUUCUGUAAGUAUAUAAAAUGUUAUAACAUGUUCUGUAUGUAUAUAAUAUAUUGUAUGGCAGGUUCAUUUUAUACAAUAUUUAAUUGCGAUACAAACUGAUGAGACAGACAGAUAGACAGACAGACUGAUAGGGAAUAGGUAGAGAAAAGACAAGAGGAGAUAAAAAUUAAAUGGUUACUCCAACCACCAUUAACACGUCUGCUUCCGGACGGCCAAAUUUUAAUUCUGUAAAUAUUUUACGUCUGUCGUCAGCAAGCACCGCACACUAACGACAGGCCGAGCCUGCAAGAUUAAGAUUAAGUAUCCUUCCCUCCCCAAUUAAAUACAGCCAUCACUCGUCUCUAUAAUCUCUGCUAUUUUAUUUUAUUUCAGCCCUCACUCAUCCUUAUUUCCCUCACCACUCCCUCUUCCCCUGCCUUUGCCGUCUCAGAGUGUGUGCAUGCGCCCUGAGCUGGUGAAAUUGGUGAAAUGAUCCAAUCAAAGUCUUUCAUGAGAAGCCGUUGAUUGGACGUUCGCUUUGCUCUUGUGGCAUCACAAGGACGCGUGCCGAGCAGCAUUGAGAGUUGUUAAGAAAAAAUUAAAGUGCAUUUUUAAAAAAACUUUUUUUCAGAAUAAUGCUCAAAAGGGCAUUAUUUGAAGAAAGAAAAAAAACAGGUUGGAGUAACCCUUUAAAGUUUGAUGGCAAUAUACAGAAUAUAUUCUAUAUAUAUUUAAUAUACUUUUUUCUUACCAAAUAAUAGGGAACUAUUGAAAGCUAAUGUUGAAUUAUCUCAGUUUGGCGGUGUCUCGUUUUCAGAGUUUGCAUCUCAUAGGCUAAAUAGAUCCACAGAAAGCUAUGAAAAAAUAAAACACUGUGCUUAUGAUUAUACCAUUUUAAUAUCUCCUUACUAAUUUAUUAAGUGAGUCAUAUGAUUCACUACUAUAAUUAAGAUUAGUGACCUAGAAAUAGCUAGAAGUCAUACAGGUGUGAUAUUACACAUUAUUUAAUGAUGAGUGAUAUUUUGGUAAUAAUUAAGCUUGUGCACAAAGAAAAAAAUUUGGUUCAGACAAAUCGAUUUUCCCCAAAAAUGUCUUGUGUUGAUACAAAUAUUAUGUAUGUAUUGUACAGUAGACCCAUUUUCCCACAAUUUGGUUCUAGUUAGAAGAAGUAACCGAUAUAGGAAAAUAAGGAGGAUCAUUUAUAUAUAUAUAUAUAUAUAUAUAUAUAUCUAUAUAUAUAUAUAUAUAUAUUUUUUUUUUUAUCAAUUAUAUAGUUAUAUGUUUAUUUUGCUUUUCCCCCUCUAUUGGUCACUUCUCACUUGAUCUUUUAAUAAAAUCAUAUUUAGUGGCUGUCCCUUAACUAUCAAUCAGCUUUUUCCCCCUAUUAAUCAUCUCUUUUUUUUGAAGCCACUCAGGGCAGGUGCAAGGAUUUGUGUGUGUAUAGGGGAUGUAGUGUGUGUGUGUGCGUGUAAGGGAUGCAUUGUGUGGAUCUCUGUUUGUAUGUGUCAGGGAUGCAAUGUGUGUUUCUGUGUAUGUAAUGUAAGGCAGUGUGUGUGUCUGUAAUGGGUGUAUUGAGUGUGUGUAAGAGAUGCAUUAAGAGAAGCAGUGUGUGUGUCUGUGUAAGGGAUGCAUUGUGUGCUUCUGUGUAUGUGUGCAAGGGCUGCAUUGUGUAUAAAGGUGAGUGUGUAAGGGAAGCAUUUUGUGUUUCAGUGUGUGUGUAGGAUUCCUGCUUCCCUGUUCCUUAGUGAUCUCCCUCUCCCCGUCCCUUAGUGGUCUAGCAUCUCCCCCCUACUCCCCCUGGUGGUCUAUCCCCCCUCUCCCCUCUCUCCUGGUGGUGUCUCUCUCCCCUAGUGGUGUCUCCCCCUCUCCUGGUGGUCUCUCUCCCUCGCCUCCUCCCCUGAUGGUCUCUCUCUACCUCCCCCCCUCCCCUGGUGGACUCUAACCUCUCUCCCCUUCCCCUGGUGGACUCUCCCCUCUCCUUCCCCUGGUGGUCUUUACCCCCCUAGUGGUCUCUCUAUCUUUGACCCCCUCCCCUGGUGGUCUCUCACACUCCUCCCCUCCCCUGGUGGUCUCACCCCCCUCCAUCCAAUGCUGGUCUCUCUCUCUCCCCCCUUCCCCUCCUGGUCUCUCUCCCACUCCCCACCUCCCCUGGUGAUCUCUCUUCCCCUCUCCCCUCCCCUGGUGGACUCUCUCCUCCCUCCCCUGGUGGUGUCUUCCACUACACCCUUCCCCUGAUUGUCUCUUCCACUCCCCCCCUUCUUCCCUUGUGUGCCUCCUACCUCGGUAUAGUGUGGCCGUGCGGCACGGACCACAGUACAGUCUGAUUCCUGUACACGGCUGGCCUGACAAGAAGUGCUCACUGAGAGAGAACUUCCUUUCAGUCUCGUCGGGUACAGGAAACAGAACUCCUGUACCGCGGUCUGCGGACCGCGUUUCCUGGCCACCCUGUGCGCUUCCCUCCUACCGGUCAUUCAAAUUUGGCACCCCCAGGGCAGUGCACCCUAGGCGACUGCCUAAGUUGCCUAUAGGAUGAGCCAGCUCUGAUGCCACUAAUGAAACUCCAACUGACGAAAUGCACUAGUUUAGUAAUAAUAAUUGUAAAAAUAAUAAUGGUAACAUUAAUUAAAAUAAGAAUGAUCAUGAUAAAGAUAAAUAAUAACGGCAUUAAUAUUAAUAAUAGGAAGAAAAAGAAAGGUAAUUGUGGCCAGUCUGUCAAAGUAUCACCACCACAGAUGCCCUUUUCCCAUAAUAACACACCAAUAAUCCAUGAGGUAUAAUAUCGACAGUAUCACAUAUUCCCCCCAAACAUGAGCCAAGGUUUAAUGCUGGGAGAAGACUGUUUAUUGGCAGUACAGACAUCAAAUUUAUACAGUCAGUAAACUCCUCCUCUGUGCCUGUGAGAUAAUUGAGUCAGGAACUGUACUAAACUCAAUUAUCUCCAUGCACAGAACAAUGAACAAUUUUACAACACCCUAAAAGUACCUCCACAACACAUGGGAACCCUACAAAACUCACAUCCCUGGAUAGCCUGGAUCUGGGUUAGCAAUAUAUCCAAAAAUCACCCAUAUCUGUUUGGUAUUUUUAUAUCGCCAUCAGAGGGAAGUUCUGACCUGUCUGCCACAAAGUAGAAGCCCCAAAUAGUUCCAUAGAAUUUGUGGCAAGAGCCGGUCUCUAUUCGUGGGGUUUUGUACAAAAACCAUAUAAGGUAUAGUAAAGCUGGUUCAUGUAGAAUGCUCUCUCUGUUCGGUAGUCUGUAACUCCCGAACGCCGUUCAUCUAGGUGAACUGGAACAGGCCGUCGGUCCAUGGUGACCGGUGUUCGCGGGAGUGCCUGGUCAAAAUGAGUUUCAGUCACUCAACGACCGAGUCCCACACCCAGUGUAGCAUUCUAUGAAUUAUUUCCUUUGCGGUUUUUGUACAAGAUACAUAACGUUCCACGUUCUAAUGGGUCUCUCGGGUGGUCUCGGUUCGGGAACCGAAACAACAUAAAUGAAGCAAAACUGGGACAUGAAUCCAGAUGAACAGAAAGAGCCGAACGUGAUGGGGUAUUCCUUCACAGUAAUAAUUACUAUUACAGUGAUUGUGAAAGUUUUGUAGUUAGCCGAGGUAGAUAUAAGAUAAAGUGACUUGUUCCUCUGUUUUUCUUCUGCUAAAAUCUUGAAUGAUGAUUGACAAGUGAAGAAAGCUUGAAGUUACAGUCUUUAUAAAUGCUGCAACAUUUCUGCAUUAAAAGUUUUCUUUUUAUAUUGACAGCAAGUGACACCAACGGAUGUAGCAUUGCUCCACGUCAGAGAAGAGAGUGCGGAUAUCGUGGAAUCAGCGCUUCGGAAUGUGAAAAACGGAACUGCUGCUUUGAUGCCAGUAUCUCAGAAGAAAUCUGGUGUUUUUUCAGCAAAUUCCAAGGUACGUCUUACUCAUACGAGGACGGUAGCCGUGUUGCCAACAGUUUAAGCUUACCUGUUCCCAAAUUAUUAAUAUUAAGUAUUUAUGUUGCACCACCAUAUUCCGCAGCGUUGUACAACAGAGGAAAUACAGGCAAAUAAAGUCAUACUCGUAUAAAAUGAGUCAUUGAGCUUACUGUCUAGAAAAUACAAGUACUUUAUACAAAGUGCUUAGCAUGAUAAUUUACAAUCUAAAGGUUACACAAAAUGAUUUCAGAGAUCAAAGGAUAUAUGCAAACACGGUGUAGCCUGUGAGGUAAUUAAAUAGUGGCAGUCUUAAAUAGCUGUGAUUUAGAAAUAUAAGAUUGAACGGUAUUUAUUAUAUCUGGGCAUUAUGGAUAAAUGCAGAUUCUUUUUCUAUUCUAUUGCGAUUCUUAGUAAUCUGUGCUACUAGUAAGUCCUUCAGGGUUCUUAAAAAUACCUAUUAGCAAGGUAUUUUACAAUUUGUAUUCAAAUAUUUGUGCCACUCCUACUUUUUCCUUUAUACUAAAGUUUCAUACUCUGUGUGAAAUAUUGCACGAUAAAGGACACUGUAUAAUGUCUAAAGCUUUUCAUUUUCCAAAUAUUUUUUUUAUAAAGGAUAAACAAAUACGUGAAAAAUAAAAAAUUGUGUAAAUUUACACAUUUCUAAUUUUUAAGUUUGUCUGCAAAGCAAUCUAUACACAAAAUUGCUGUGUUACAAUAUGUUUACAUUCAAAAAUGUCUCUAUUGUGAAGUGGUAAAUGUAGUUACUGUUAUUUGUUGCAUAGCAAUACAUAGAUACACCUGCUUCCAUGUAUCAUCUCUUUCUCAGAAGAACUUUUGGACGCGCAAUAUGACCAGCUCAUUUUUGAAAUAAAUAGAAAAUAAUUAUAGAGGGGCUUAGGCCAGUGGUGUAUUUUGGAUUUAUGCUUCCCUAGGCAUGACUAAAACUGGGCACCCCCCUAAUCUAAGUUUGCCCCACUCCUACCGAUCAAGGCCACACCUCUUCCUGAUUAAGAAUAUACUAUAGGGCUUGCAUUAGGCUUCCUCAUAGGAAAGCAUUGUAUCAAUUCUUUCCUAUGGGGAUUUAGCAGGCGCUGGAUGUCCUCAUGCACCUAACCACCUGAAAGGAGUUAACCCCUCAAGGUAAUUAUCGCAGUUUCUCAGAAACUGCAAUCAUUAAACGUGCAGGGUUAAAGGGGAGUGGGACACUGCACCCAGUCCACUUCAAUGAGCUAAAGUGGACUGCCUAUAGUGUACCUUUAAGCACACACUCAUUCACUGACAGACACACACUGGCAGAUACAUACUGACAGUCACACACACACAUACUCAAUGUCAAACACACAAAUGUCACUGACAGACACAGACUCGCUGAUUUGACACACACACACAUUCCCAACAGACACACACUGGCACAUACUCACUGACAGUCCCACACACACUCAAUGACAAACAAACAGACAUCACUGACAGACUCACUGAUUUGACACAGACUCACCGAUUUGACACAGACGCACACUAACAGACACACACUGACAGACACACAAACACUGACAGACACUCAUUGAAAGACACACAAUGAUAGUCAAAUACAGACUCAAUGACAAAUAGACAGACACUCACUGACAUACACACUGACAGACACACACACAUACACACACACACACACUCACUGACAAACACACAGGCAGACACACUCUCUGACAGACAGACACACAGACAUACUCACUGACAGACACACACACACUCACUGACAGACACACACACUCACUCACUCACUGACAGACAGACACACACACACAGAUAGACACACAUACACACACUGACAGGCAGACAGACACAUACACAUUUACACAUUCUUGCACACACUCACAUAAUUUCUUGGGUUCCAGUGGGGAUCUUCUAUCUGGAGCUCAGUAUUUCUGCUCCUCACUUCUUCCUAGCGCUCAGUUUAAUGAUGCCGGGUGCUGGAAUAUGACGUCAUAUUCCGGCACCCGGCAUCACUUCAGACGGCACGUGUGAGGGAGAGUGAGGAGCAGGAAAACUGAGCUCACUCGCUGCCGCCAGCAUCCUGCUUCUUCUCCAGUCGGGUAAAUUUUAGCAGAGUAGGCAAUGUGGAGAAAGCAGGUACCUACUCGGCUUUAACACCAAGCAUGUACUCGCGGCUCGCCGGGCCGCAAAGAUGUCCAUUGUGGGCUGUGAGUUUGACAUGCUUGGUAUAGAGUGUAUGUAUAUUUAUUUAUACAGUGUUAGCAGGUGUACUCAGCACUUUACAGGCAGAGAGCGCAACUAAGUUGUGCAUAUGUUGAAAAUGGCCCUGGGAAUUCAAAAAGUUAGGUCGGAAUGGAAUAGAAAAUACUACUUUGGGCUACUUUGGCCUAAAUCAUUCUUUGGUCAAAUCCAAACAAUUUUUUGUUUAAUUAAUACCAUGUGUGUGCGCAUUAUAUUCAUUAUUGUUACAUGUGCUGUUUUAUGUUUUCAGAUAGUUCACAGUGCAGUGUAGGCACCAAAAAAAGAAAGGACUGCGGUUACCCUGGGAUCAGCGCCAAGGAGUGCCAAGCCAUUGGCUGCUGCUUUGAUCCAAGCACUGGAGGGGUUAACUUUUGCUUCUAUCCAAAGUUUAAAGGUAAAUAUCUACAUCCAUGUGGGUAAAUUUUAGCAUGUACUGGCUUUUUAUCUUUGCAAUAAUAUGAUCAAUUUAAUGUUUUCUCCACGUGGUUUAACCAGGUUGUUCUGUGAGCCACAAAUUCAGAAAGGAAUGUGGGUAUCCGAAUAUCAGUGGCAAGGACUGCCAAUCCAAUGGCUGCUGUUAUGAUCCCAGCAUCCCCGAAACCAUCUGGUGUUUCCAUGGUUCUAAAUAAAAUGAUGGUAAUAUUCACAAAAACAAAGCUUAGUAAAUAGCAGAUUAGUAAAAUAGAAAUUAAGGGGAAUGAAAAUAACAAUCAAAUCCCUAUACACUACAAUCCCUAUUUGGACCCAUGGCCUAAAAGUCAAGAUUGGGAAUAUAGAUGAGUUGAAGUUAUUUAAAUUUCAUUGUUUUGGCCUCAAUAUUGAAAAAUUGUAAUCACCGCAAUGCCUAAUCUUUUGAUUGGACCCCAUAGGUUUGUUAAUUUUAUUUAUCAAACUUAGAAAUGUUUAAGCAAACCUUUAAAGGAAAUUAACAUUGUUGAUGAAUUGAGCUAUGUUCUAAUGUAAUGAUUAUUGUAUGUAAAGUGAACUAUGUUUUAAUACUACAAUUUUGCUUUUCGCUUUUCAGAAUAUUUUGUCUGUGACCGCUGAUCCAACAUCACUAAAUGGCACAUAUGUCUUGUGUUCAAUAUUUGCAGCAUAAUAUGUUUGUCCUUUCAUGAAUGAAAUUUAUUAAACCACAUAAUCCUGUUAAGAUUGCUAUGCAUUCACAUUUAAAUAAAUACAAUUAAAAAA